ACGCGGAGAAGGACGCGACCGGAAAAGACGCGGAGGCAACGGGUGCAGGGGCAACGGGUGCGGAGGCAACGGGAGAGAAGGGAGUGGGAGAGAAGGGAGCGGGUGCGGAGGCAACGGGAGAGAAGGGAGUGGGAGAGAAGGGAGCGGGAGAGAAGGAAGCGGGAGAGAAGGGAGCGGGAGAGAAGGAGGUGGGUGAACAGGAAGGAGACCCGGCGAAAGGAGAGCCGGCGGCGGUAUCGGUGGCGGAGAUUUCGAGCAAGGUGAAAGAUCUAGUGAAGGUGCAUCGACCUGUGCCUCCGGACCGCAAGACGGCGGAGGCGACGCAGCGACCGAUUCCGGAGUCGGGGAUGCGCGACAGCAUUAAGUUGCUCAAACUGGCGCUGGAACUGGACGACGAACGCGUCCAGGGUGAGAAGGAACGCGCGCUACAACGCAAAAGCGUUGAGCAUGAGGCCGAACUCAACCAGUACAAGCGGACACUCAGCGACCUCCGCGGCGAAGCCGACCAAAUCCUCGGCAAAGCUUUGAUCUCCGUUCCAGUUGCCGGUACGGACCCCACGGGUACGGCCCCCGCCGCGGACGCUGAUCCGGACAAAAGUCCCGGAGGUUCGACGACAGACGGAGGCAGGACAGCCGGAGGUCUGAUGACGGCUCCUGCUCUGGUUCAAGACGCGGCGACGCAGCCGACCGCCAUCGGGGCAGCGGCUCCUAGCGGUUCCCCGGCCACUCCCCCACCGAAGGAAGACCCGCACAUGGCUGCACUGGACGAGCUGAAUGCCAAGCUGGCUACCUGGCUGACCCAGGGACCGACCCCGAGUCCUUCACUAGGCCCCAGUCCUGGGCCGGCCCCCGCCCCGUCGUGGAGGCAGGAGUCGGAGUCCCGACGUUCGGGCAGCACAAGCUUUGAGACGUUUACGUCUGGUCCGAGCAUGGACUUGCGGCCUCGACGUUGGGGCCCACGCCCGCCGGGCGCGGGGGGCGGGUUCCCUACGACUAUGGUCAUUAAUAUCAACCCCACAUUGGGAGCAGGCUCGGGAUCCGUAGCCCCCCGGCCCCAUUCCCGCAGAGUGCACGCCGUGACCAAGGCGCUGCCAAAAAGAGGCAAGCGCGCCGAGAACCGUCUCACAGACCGCAUCGCGGAUCACUUGCGGAACAGAACGCUGCCGCCCGGCGCCGUGCCGCUCGAAGGCGCAGGCCAGGUCCGGGGGCGGCCUGGAGAUGCACGCUCCGGCCUGGCCAGGACCUGGCAGUUCAAAGGCUUCUAUCUGAGACGCACCACCGAUUACGGGUCCAGUGGCCGCCGCUCCGAAUCGGCCGACGAGAGGUCUACAGACGAACGGUCGGCGGAUGAACAACACCACCAAAACACUUCUAUCUCCGAGUCCGACUCCACCGAAGCAGAUGGCCCGACCACAAUCACUUUAGAGAGGACACAAGGCCCCGAAGGCUACCACGCUUCCAUGCAACAUGCGGCACACGGGGUCUCGCACGACGACUUGAAACGACACAAUCGGCUGGCCCACCGGGAUUCGUCUGGAUCCACCGGAACCAAGUCUUACGGUAAACCGGCUAAUGCUCAGAUGGGUAACAAUCACACGGUGAAUAUUCAGGUGAAAAACGCACAGGUCGGUCGCAGAUCCAGCUCAGGUGGCCGUGACACAGAGAUCCACGAGAUGCCCGUCGGAAAGAGCGGGCGGAAACACAUCAGGAGCAAAACCGCAGUCGUCCCUCUCCCGGUUCCACCUGUCACGGACCGCCAAAACAGACGGAGUCGCACAAUGGGGUUCGUGGGGCUGGACGGACCGCGUUUUGGCGACCCACGUCUGGGUAACCGCCCCGAUGAGACCAGCCAUGUCGGUCCGGUGCCCGCCGGAGACUCCAAAGGCGGCGUAGACUUCAAGGGCGUACCCGAUUUCCCUCAAGACUCCAAGAGCGGUGCGGAGAAGAAGCGAAGAGCCUCAGACGGACCCCCCAGGGGACUGCCAGCGCGCCCGGACAUGGUGGCUGCAUCGGGUUUUGGACGCAAAGGACUGAACGCCGACCAAAAGCAAUUGGUGGCAGUGCGCAGCAAGCCCGUGGAAACCACUUCAGGGGGUCUCGGUCCACCCCCGGGUGAGUCCCAUUCGAGCGACACGUCUAGGCCCGACCCGUCUAGGCCCGACCCGUCUAGGGCGGACCAGUCGAGGUCCGAGCUGCCGUCGAGAUUCGAGCCAUGGAGGCCCGAGCAGGAUAGCAAACGGCCAUCUGGAUCCGGAUCGAAGAGUGUGAGUAUCCAGGUCCCGCGUGCGGACGUCAGUUCUGAUCGGAGGAAGCGCCACGGGGGUCACGGUCAUCAGAAAGAGCCUGCGGUGGAAGAUGCCGAGUGGGAGGAUGCCGAGUGGGAAGACGAACGGUCGCCUCGUCGACAGUCAUCGUCCAAGUCGACUCGCUCUACAAAGUCCGUUCGUUCCACAAAGUCGGUAAAGUCGACGCCAAGUGGAUUGACGCCAAGUGGGUUGGCGCCAAGUGGAUCGACACCGAGUCGGUCGUUGCCGAGUCGGUCGUUGCGGUCAUUGAAGAGUGGGCGGGCCGAGCGCUGGUCGGAGGGGUCAUCGUCGUCGUCAACGUCGCGAUCAUCGGAGACGGUGGUACGGCGUCGGCGACGUCAGUACCGGUUGAGUGAGGGGGAGUUGGCUCAGAUUCAGAUGGCGCUGGACAAGCCGGCUUUGCAGACGACGGGGUUAUUGGAGGACAUAGCGGAGAUGAAGCGGACAAUGGCAGCACGUGCGGAGGCCCUGGAGCAGGCAGCACACGUGCGCGAUCGGGCACUCGCAUCACUGCGCAUGCUCAUGGAACCACCGGCAACCAUGCGGUUCCUUGAACAAAGCGCGUUCCGCCAAUGCCUACUCGAAAUCCCCUCACCACCGCCAAGCGAAGUCAAUUCCGAGGAUUUCGAACUCGAUGAACAAACUGUUGCCGACCUUAGCUAUUAUGAAGAACUGGAAAAACUCAAAAACAAGCACAAAAACAUUUACAGGAAAAUGGUCGAAGAGGAGCUGAAACAGCGCAAGAAAGAGGGCAGACAACUCAUCAACUCCGCCAGAGGUGCGGCACAGAUUGGGGAGCAGAUUGGGGAGCAGAUUGGGGAGCAGAUUGGGGAGCAGAUUGGGGAGCGGCUUACAAGGCAGACCACGGCGCAAGGUACGCCUGCGUCUGCGGCAAAAAAGCAAGCAAGCUCCUCUGCCGCAGUGACUUCAAUUCACGACACCAAGCCAGUCGACCUAGUAGCUGGCAAGUCAGAGACACAGAAGCGGCUGGAAGACGAAGAACAGCUGAUGGCUGAAAUGUCUAUCACAUCCUCGAUGGAAAGCCCACGACUCUUGCUUCCUCCUACCGCCUCGCCUCUAGGCUCCUCACCACUGGCCUCUUCACCGCUGGCCUCUUCACCGCUGGCCUCUUCACCGCUGGCCUCCUCCCCCGCAGCAUCGGGUUCGCCUCUGGGGUGUUCGUUGCCUGUGUCUGAGUUGUCUCUGCCGGAGUCGGAGGUGUCGUCGGCAGACAUCGAGUCACAUGAAUUGCCCACGGUGCCGCUGCGGAAGUCUCGGCCGCGAAUGGACUCUGGGCUUUUUGCGUCCUCCCGUUUCGAGGCUACCGAACGCUUCAGUCCACUCCGCACUCUCAAAAGCCAUGAGGUCAACUCCGACUCGAGCCCCGACUCUGAUUUGUCGCCCAAGAUUAAGCCGGACUCCAACUUGUCGCGGAAGACGAAGCCGAACCCCGAUGUUCAAUUGCCCCCCCCUGUGCCCGUUCUAAAGAACGAUAACCACCUCUUCGGCAGGCCCUUUCCCAGCCACCCAGCGGUACCCAGACGCCAGUCUGAUGCCAACCACCCAUUGGAUGCCAGGCAUACGGUCGAAGGAGAGCACUUUUUCUCGGCAACUCAGUUGCCGGUCGCCUUCCCGCUUGUGGGCACCAUUCGAGCAGGCGAAGAUGCCCGAUCCUCCGACGACGAAGUGGAGCUGCACGGCACUCUCAAACUCAGCCACCUCAAAGAACUAUACAACUCACGAGGUCUUCUGCGCGAUCCGACACAGUUCGACGAAGAAGACUUAGAUGAACUCGAGGACACCAUCCACGACAUCGGAGUCCACGGCAUCCCCCAACCACCGCCACCCGAACCACCUGAACCCGAGCUGCGCCCUGGACGGACCGCGCGACGGACCGCGCGAAACAAAUACAAUACAUUACCUGCUAUAUCGCGCGGUCGAGAUGGCGAUGGUGAUGGUGAUGGCGGUCGAGAUCGCAGACCUCGACUCCGUACCAGUCCGGACAUGGACGAGCUGGCAUUUCGUGACGAGCUUGAUGCUCGUCACCGCGAGGUCGCCCGACGUCGCUCUUCUGGAGGCUACAGCCACAGAAAGCAUGUGGGGCAACUUGGUCGCAGACGUUCUUUCGACUUGGAUCGCACGCAGCAAGUGAGUAUUGCGGAUGAGAGUGAGGGGCAGGGGGAUAUCGUGGACAAGCUCAGGGCGGCCCUGGACUGUAUGGAAUGCAUAAGGGAAGAAGUUACCGAUGGCUUAGAAACCGCCCGGAGCGAGGCAAGUGCCAAGAAUCGUGAGGGGGGAGCUGGACAAGGGGCAGCUGGACAAAGCGGAGCUGGACAAAGCGGAGCUGGGCAAAGCGGAGCUGGGCAAAGCGGAGCUGGACAAAGCGGAGCUGGGCAAAGCGGAGCUGGGCAAAGGGGAGCUGGGCAGGGGGGAGCUGGGCAGGGGGGAGCUGGACAAGGGGGAAGUGGACGUGGGGGAGUGGAGCAAGGACACGAGAAAAGUGGACCGGUUGCGCACGUGGAGGAGACGGCGUACUGGCCGGCCGAGAACCGGUAUUCGUCACCACGGCCGAAGACAGGUAGUCUAAACAAGUCUGAGCCGGCAGAGUCGCGUCCCAGCCUGCAUUCUAACGGGGGUGCGGUAGACCACGAACUUCGGACACUGCCCAACUUCGGCGCUGCCGACAACGCGGACCCGGUUACAACUGGGGACACGCACUUUGCUGUGGAAGCCGAGUCGUGUCCCGUCUUGGUCGAAGCCCAGCCAGGGCCCGAGUUAGAAGACAAACUGCCGAGCUUCUCUCCCGAGGAGCUAGCUUACCACGUGCACGAAGAUUACCAAGGCGAUAAAACACUCGAUCAGCGCACUCUUGCAGAACAGUAUCCGCCUGAUGAGCAGAACGAAAACCGGAGUCACUACCCCAUGGUCGGCUUGUCAUCAGCGCACUUGAAACCGCCUGAACCAGCACACAACUUCAGCUACCAGCUUGGCGACUUGAAAGCAAACACUAACUUGGAAAUGUCCAACUUGGACCCCAUGUCAUGCCCCAUACUGACUUGGGAUUGCAAUGAGUACGACGACGGGUCGUACGAACGUAUGUGUCCACAGUUUCCUCAGCAGCCCGACGAGGCAUACUUGCAAGGGGAUGUAGUUCAGGAAAGGGACGAGGAGACUCUGCACUCAAGGUAUCAGUUGCAGUCACAGGGCGCGUCUCCCACUCAUCGCGGGGAUGUGUAUGGCCACGGGUAUGGCUCUGGCCACGGGUAUGGCUCUGGCCACGGGUAUGGGUAUGGCCACGGGUAUGGCUCUGGCCACGGGUAUGGCUCUGGCCACGGGUAUGGGUAUGGCCACGGGUAUGUAUAUAACGGGCAUGGGUAUGGCCCUGGCCCCCACUACCAGUAUGAGUUUGGCAACCAGUAUGGUCGUGACUACAAUCUACGUAGUUCUUAUCCUAUGCAUUGCGGUGAUGCUGGUCGAGGUUGCUAUGUGGUUGAGGAUCCGCCUGUAGUUGAGGCAUUGCACAAGUCUGCAGAAGAUGUGUUGCAGAUCCCGCUCCGUUGUCUGACGGAGAAGACACCCGUCGAGCCGCCCGUGACAGGCCGUAAAAUCAAGACCAGACGGCCCUGGAUCAUUACGGGUAUGGAUUCUGAAUGGACGAACUUUACGGUGCAACAAGCGGAAGGUGAUUCAGACGGUGAAGAGACUCCGUGCCAUGAGGUAUGGAGGGCUCUUCCACCCGGAUCGGAUUCACCUAUCGAGCUGCUCCCUACAGAAAUCCCCAAAUGCCUCUUCCGACGGAAUCACCCCCCGCCAUUAAUUCGAAUGGACGUUCCCAAAGCAUUCGCGCCACUCCGCAAUCGUUAUGCCCUACCGGAACAUCAACUCCCAGUCGAACCCAUAUACAGCAAGACCAAACCACAAAUGAAGCCACCACCUCACGUCAAACCACCUCCAGCACCAUUUGAAGUAUUCAGCAGACGGUUCUCACUUCAUUAA